AGCGAAACAAACAUGGCGCCGCGAAAGUGAGGAAAAGUCUACUUUUUGACCCAACGGUUCAGUAAACACACAGCUGUAAUUAUAAGUUGUUUCAGACUCAUGAAUGGGCUCUUUUCUCGUGAAUGAGUUAGUGGGGGGUCCACGUAUGUGUCAUCGUAUCCUGCUCUGCUGCUGGUCGGACAGAUGAAAGGAAGAAGAGGAAGACCACACUCAUCAUCGUCAUCAUCAGAUGCUCCAGCAGCUGAAGUCAGAAUAAAGUUUGAAGUUUCUCAGGGGCAGAACAGGAUGGCUCUGAGGAAGCAGAUGCAAAAGGAUGUCAGUGAUAUCCCCUCUGUGAGUCAGAUAGAAGAAGACGCGCAGGAAGACGACGCUCCUGAUGACAAGGAUGAGCUGUCUCUAUCGAUGCUAACAACAUCAACAGCAAGAGGGAAGCGGAGGAGAGAGAGAGCGAACAAAUCGAAAUCCAAAGAGAUGACGGAGGAGGAGAUGAUGGACUUAGCCCUUCGUCUUAGUGAACGGGAGGCCAGUAUGACUGCACUUAAACUAAGGGAAGAGGAGGAGGACAUGAUGAAAGCCAUCCAGGAGAGUAUGGUCAGCCAGACUCAGCUGUACCCACCCUCCCAAAGUCAGAGCAUUCUUGGUGAUGCUGAUGCCCCGAUCUGUGUCUCCUCUCGACGGAAGCUCCUUUACCCAAAUGGAAAGAAGCCGUUUGAUGGUGAUCAGGUGGCGUCAGAAACUGACUACACUCUAGGGGAAGAGAAGAGCAGAGGACCAAAAGAAGGAGAAGAUGAACCUAAAAACAUGAAUAAAAUCCAGAAAAGGUUGGAUGGAAGUCCUCUGAUGGAGAUGCCAGAUUCCAACAUCUGUUCUCAGGCUUCACCGAGCAGCGGCUCAGAAUCUCUACGAGUGCCUUUGGACUCACCACAGAGCUCUGACUCCACACAGAUCGAGGACUGUCAGCUUCGUAAAUCACCCGUCUUCCCCAUGGCAACCAGUAGAGCCCAGGUUUGCAUAUCCCCGCUGAGUCAGGACGUGCUGGAAAACUGUGCAGCAUCAGGGUUUGUGUCGUGCUCUCAAUACAGUUGCACUCAAAAGUCUCUUCCCGCUCGACCCCAGAGCCCGACAUUUCCCAAAAGCCCUGCAUGUGUCAAUAAUGUCCUUUUACCUGAGACCGCGCCUUCUCUAAAGCACGGCACCCUCUCAGGGACUGAUCAGGGAGACGACGCAGAGACUCAGCUGAGUCCUCAGUAUUGUAAAAGUCCAGUAUUCGGCAGGAACGCUCAGAGUGAAGAUCCACAAAGUGCCUUGAAAGCUGAAAGCAGAGGCUGUGAAAACUCUGGGUUCAUCUCCUUAUCUCAGGAGUGUUUGACCUCCACGUCCUGUCAGCCCAGGAGUCCUGUGUUCAAUAAGGACAUUACAGUCUGUAAAAGUCCAGACUUCUCGGAGACUGAUCAGAGACAGGACACAGUGCAGAAUCGAAGCUGCUCUAAAAGCCCGGUUUUUGGCAGGACCGGACAGAAACAAAACACUGCUUCUUUAACUGCAGAGCUCAGAGAUCCAAACAGUGGAGGAAAUCCAACUUCCUGUUCAUCUCGAGGGUCUGAGCAUCUGAGACAGGACAUUGACCUUGACACCAGUGAUGAAGACCGGUGUAACUACAUUAUGGUGUCACCAAGGCCAGAUGAUAAUGAGGAAGAACUGACUGAAGCCUGGAACUCAAUGGAGAGAGAACUAACCAGCGACAUGACACUGCAUUGGUCUGAUGAGGACGCUGAUGUUAUUCCGGUGGAUUCUCCCAGCCCAGUGUUCCCAGAGGAGAGGGCUGUUCAUCAGGCAGGCGCUCAGACGGCGUCCCAGAAACUCCCGACUGCAGCUUCUCCACAGACAAACUGCAGUCUGAAUCCUCAGAAGUGUCAUUCAGCCUCAUUCACCAACAACAAGAGCAACUCCAUCAGACAGACGUCACCUGGACCACCUUCUUCUGCAUCCACCUGCCAGCAGCACCGCUCUGCUGUGGAUCCUGCCCCCUCUGCAGAGCCUCUCACUGGGCAGACGGUCCACUACUACUGGGGGGUUCCAUUCUGUCCACGAGGCCUGGACCCAGACUCGUACACAAAGGUGAUCCUGGCUCAGAUGGAGGUUUAUGAGAAGAGUGUGAAGCAGGCUCAGAGGUGUCUGAUGAAGAAAGCGGAGUGGGGGGAGCCCAUCCUACCACAGCCAGAGAAAUCUCCUUCACCCGAAUCGGCAUCUGAAUCGCCUCAACUGCAUCUCCCACGAAGACGCGUCCUCAGACAGAGAGGAAACAACCCAUGUGAAGAUACUGAGACCCCUACAGCUGAGGCAGAGGAGGAGGAAGAUGACAAGAAAGAAGAGGACAGAGAAGAGAAAAAGGAGGAGGAGGAGGAAGGUAAAGGAGGAGAGCAGCAGCCGGAUUCUGAUGACUGCACAGUUUGUCCAGAAACCCAGCUGAGCGACAACGACAGCACGCAAGACUUGAUGAUGGACACUGACGCUGCAGCAGAGCUCCGGGUUAAAAGUCCAGAGCUACCAGAGGUUCAGGAGAUCCUCCAAGAUGAAGCUCCCACUAUGGACAAGCAGCAUCAGGAGGACGAUGAGGAGAUGGACGUGGAUGUGGAGACUGAGGGUAAAGACCCAGAGGACAGAGAAACCAACAGAAACAAACCUAUAUGUGAUGCUGCUGAAGGACAGACCGUGAGACCCGAGGACAGGACGGAUCCAGAUGUGGAGGUGGUUCAGGACAGAGGAAGUCUUCAGAGGUCAAAGUCUCCUGAACUGGAACCAGCCGCCGUCCCUCAGAGUCCUGAAUCCAGUGUGGACUGUCCCAUCUGUCAGAGGUCCUUCCCUGUGUCCGAGAUCGAGAUGCACGCGGCGUACUGCGAUGGAGACGUGGCCGUUGUAGACGAGGUUUCACUGAAGCCACGGAGAAAGCGAGCGAGGAGAACUGAGGUGGCACCAGAGGAGACGAACCAUACAUCUAUCACUGGAAAGUCCGGUCUGAAGCAGGAGAAGUGUUACGUCUGUCAGAAAGCGGUUCCUCUGAGAGACUACAGCCGACACACAGAACUCUGCAUCCACCGCAGCGGAUCAAAGAUGGCCACAACUGGAAGCCUACUGUCAGCUCUGGACCGAACAGAGAGCAGGGACUCAGAGGCUGGUCCGUCUGGGUCCAGAGUCCAUCCUGGAGAAAUUAUUGAUCUGAGGAACGAGGAGGAAGAGGAAGACAGUGUCACCGCCAUCAGGGUCAGUAACUCUCCCAUCCGAUCGUUCACGCCCAUCUCCGAGGUCAGCGACUGCCUCAUCGACUUCAGAAAACAGCAUCGAGUCAAGAAGCCGAGCCAAAGACGAAGAUGACGACGACCGCACUGAACUCAUGGUACCGACUGAACAUUAAAAAACAAUAAACAGAGCCUUAAGGUUUUCA